AUGUGGACCUAUGUAUCCUUGAUGCGCCUUGAGAUAGGUGGAUGGACCUGUUCGAAGCGAAUAAUCAGUGUGAAGAACCCCCAUCUUUCAGGCAUCCCAGACAUAAUUCUCGUGAUGACAAGGCAUCACCAGCGUCCUUCACAAGAUAAAGCCCAGCGUCGCCGCUCACAUGUCGCAAACAUUGAUCGGGGCAUCAUCCGGGCGCGAUCAGCUGCUACCCGUUUCCGUGCCAAGGCUGACCCUUCAAUUCGUGUUCGGGGUUUCAUCUGUCCGACCACGGCAUAUAGAAAGACGGCCAACUGUGGGUCGUUAUCCCUUCAAUUUUUUGCGAAAAUUGAGGAGGUUUUCUUUUCUAACGACUUCUUGUUGUAUCGCGCCGUCCUCCGCUUUAUUCACAGCACGUCCGACCUUCUCGCAAGGUUGCUCCGCCACCACGAACGUCAGCAAAGCACCAACCUCACUACGUCACCACCAUCACAGUCUGGCUGUGCGAUAAGACAUCACAACCUAUACAUUGAACCUUACUUCUAUCGUAUUGCAUGGGUACUUUCUACGAAUUUCUGUGGGAGAUACACACUCAACAUCCAUGGUCGGGAUUGA